UAAAUAAAUAUUUUAGUAGCUUACUAAACGUAGAGGUAGCCACACGAUGAGCAGCGCGAUCUUCGGCAAGGUUGUCCAGCUGGAAGCAGCAUUGUUGCUUCUAUUCGUCGCUUGGGCGCCGGCCCAGGAUGCGGAUAUAGUCAGGACGUGCACUGCCUACAAGAGAAGCGUUUGGGAGGAGACUUCCGAGUUCAGCUUUCUGAUCGAGGAUGCCCCGAUUAUCUACAAGACCCUGGACAAAUGCACCAGCUAUGCGCCGCUUAUAAUCGGCGGAGGACCCGCUCUGCCCAAGGAGUUCCCGCAUGCUGUGCGCCUGGGCCACCAAGAUGACAAUGGCGAGGUGGACUGGUUCUGCGGCGGAACCCUUAUCAGCGACAGACAUGUGCUCACCGCAGCGCAUUGCCACUACUCACCACAAGGAUCAGUGAACAUCGCGCGUCUCGGAGACUUGGAGUUUGACACCAGCAGCGACGAUGCGGAUCCGGAGGACUUCGUCGUGAAGAACUUCACCCCGCACCCCGGAUACAGCUACCCGGCCAUUUACAACGACAUUUCCGUGGUGAGGUUAAGUCGACCCGUAACCUUCAAUGAGUACAAGCAUCCGGCCUGUCUGCCCUUCGACGAUGGGCGAUCCGUCUCCACCUUCAUAGCCAUCGGUUGGGGUCAGCUGGAGAUCGUUCCCAGGACGGAAAACAAAAAACUACAGAAGGUGAAGCUCUACAACUACGGAACGCGCUGCAGGAUCACGGCCGAAAGGAACGAGGAACUGCCCGAGGGAUACAAUGCCACCACCCAACUGUGCAUCGGAUCCAACGACCACAAGGACACCUGCAAUGGGGAUUCCGGCGGACCGGUGCUCAUCUAUCAUAAGAAGCACCCCUGCAUGUACCACGUGAUGGGUAUCACGUCCAUCGGAGUGGCCUGCGACACUCCCGACAUUCCGGCCAUGUAUACACGGGUUCACUUUUACCUGGACUGGAUUAAGCAGCAGCUGGCCAGAAAUUAGGAGGGAUAUUCAAAUAGGGAAAUUGAAAAUCCACAAUUCUGUGGGUAAAUUGUUAAAAGUGACUUAACUAACUUUAGUUUUGAGUAGCAACACCCUAUCAAAAGCCGUAGUAAAUAAAGCUGAAUUCUUCUGAAUA